CCUGUGCAAUAAUGAUCCUGAUCAGUUGCGAGAGUUGCUAAAACUUGCAGUAAAAUUGGGAUCAGAUCUCCAGUUUCUAAAUGAUCAUUUUGAUGAACUUAAACAUCAAAAUGAGGAAAUUAAGGAGUUACAGAAAGCAUCAGAUGAAAAGCAAAAUCAAAUUAUAAAUUUGCAGAUGCACAUAGAUGAGAAGCAGAAUGCAAUGAAAAUAAUGCAAGAACAAAUUGACGAGAAAAACUUGAAAAUUAGCGAAAUGGAAAAAGAUUUAGAUGACCAAGUUGCAGAAAAUGUAAAACUAAGCAAAGAAAGUGACGACGACAAGGAAGAAAUUAGGAGCAUGCAAUAUAAAAUUUCUGAUCACCUUGAAGAAAUUGAUAAUCUCCGUAAGCAGUAUGACGAAAAAUUAACUGAAAUCAAAGACAAUUGCAACAAAUUCAAACACUUAAAUAAUCUUUGCGCCGGUCAACACAGCAAAAUUGAACAACUGCGUAAUGCAAAUGAUGAAUUAAAAACACAAAAUGCUGAAAAAGAAGGCAAAAUUGCAGGGUUGCUGAAACAAAUAGGUGAUCAUGAAGACGAAAUUAAGUCAUUGCAUCAGAAGAAUGAAUCAAGUCGUUUCGAGAUUGAGGAACUACGCAUUGACAAAGAGGAACAAACAAAUAAAAAUGCUAUGUUGCAAAAGGAGAGAGAUUUUCAAAGUCUGGAAAUAAAAGAGUUACAAGACGAAAACAAAUACCAUUAUUCUGAAACUGAAAAGCUUCGCGAGGAAAAGGACAACAUGCUUUAUAAAAUCAGCGCUUUACGUAAGAAAGGAGAUGAUCAGCAGCUCGAAAUAAAACAAUUACACGAACAAAUAGAAAGUCAACGUCACAAAAUCACAGAACAGCUUUGUGAAAAUCAUAAUUUGCGGGAGCAAAACGAAGAAAAAACAGGGGAAAUCAAUAAGGUGCUAAAAGAAAAUCACGAGUUUCUUCAGGAAAUUAAGGAGUUACAUAGAAAUAUUACUAGCUCCUGUGCACAAGUGGAUGAACAGCAGAAGCAAAUCUGUGAUCUCAAAAGUCAAGAGAUGAGAAGUCAAAUGAAGUUCAUGAUAUGCAAAAGCUAAUCGCUGACAGAAUUGAAGAAAUCAAAACAUUAAAAAACGAAAUAGGUAAUCUACAUGGUAAACUUCUCGAUUUGGGAAAGCAGGAUGCUGAUAAGUGUAAUAACAUUCAGGAGUUGAAAGCAAAACUUUUUACCCUGGAGACGCAAAAAAAUGCCCAACAUAAUGAAGUGGACUUGCUACGUAUGCAAAAAGAUAACUUGGAAUGGGAGACCGUUGUUAUUGCCAGUGUUAUUGCUCUUAGUUCAUUGGUAUAUCUGGGCGAAUGAUUCAUUGGUUACCGUAGAGAAAUUAGAUAUAUCAUCUGAACAGUUAAACGAAAGGAAUAUUUAUGUUGUACAAUACACUCCCUAAAACAUUUAAAACAAACGUUCUUCAGGUUAUUAUGUCUCUUGCCUUUGUCGAAAAAAGGCUU